GCAGCCAGUAAGCUCGUGUUAUUCCUAUCCAUCGUCGGCAAAAUUUUUAUACAUGAAAUUUAUUUUUCAGCUGUGUUUCCAUGGUCAUAACAGUAGCCUUCGGUCUCAAUUGCGGUGUUAGUUUGUGAUGAUGUGAAAGCGCGGCAAUUCAUCCUAAAUUUCGAAAUCAAAUGAUUUUGACAAUAUCUGUAAAAUGAGCAAAAUCGUUGAUGGAACUUAAUUCGAUACUUGGGGUUGUUUAUCGGUGAAGUCCAGGGGAUAAGUUUUGAUGACCUAUUGAGAUUGCGUUCUGAGACUCGAGGUGAAGAUCUGAAGCAAGAGGGAGAAAGACCGGGGAAGAGUGCGCGUGCUGGUAGUCCAGGUGGUGGACCAGGUGGUAAUUGUCUUUUGGUGUCUCGUGCCGGUGAAAAAUUUACUCCUGGGAACGUCAACGUUCCGUUGGUAUCUUGGUCUUGCAUACCUCGGUGUUCUAUUCCUCAUGCUGGGAGUUCUGAAGCGGCGCUGGAAGCCUUCGAAAAGGGCUUCCAGUGGCCGCGGAUCCGAUUCACCCCUCAGUUCCGAGCUCGCCCUAGACAAACCACGUCCAAUUCCAUCGCCCCGACAAAUUCAUCCCCUGUACGGCGAAAAAGCUGGGCUUUUGGGGUAUUACGACGCUGUCGGUAAUACGGAGAAUUUUCCACCCGCUCCGAAUAUUGUUGUUGAGGGUGGAAGAAUCGAGUUUGUACGGCCAUCGCACGAUGGCACCACGACACGAAGAAAUACAGUAUCACGUGGAUCGCAGACGUUCAUUGAACAACAGGAGAAGUCUGAUCCGGCCAAGGAGUGUUUGGAGGAGAGGGUACUCGAACUGGAGAAGUUACUGCAGAAUGAGAGGGCUGCGGCGCAACGAGAUCGGGCCACUAUCACAAAAUUACAACGCCAAAUCAACAAGAGGGAGGCGACACAACGCGAUGUGGAACGAGAACGGAGACUGCGAAUGGAGGCCGAGUCACGUGUACGCGAGGCUACGGCCGAGGCGGAACGAGCACGAGCGAGGGUGCAUCACCUCCAGCGUGAAUUGGCGAGGAUGGAGGAAACCUCACGUGGACUAUUGCAACACAAACAGAGGGCAGAACAACUCAAACAGGAGAGAACAGCACUGACACUAUCUUACGAGACUCGAGUACAUCAGUAUCAAAAUCAAAUCUCAAAGCUACAAUUGGAAAAUGAAUCGAUGCGCGGACAAUUACGUGGACUAGAGGCCGCUUGCGCUGGUGAAGUACAUGCAGCAUUAGUUGCUAGAUUAGCGACACUGGAGACUGAGCACGUUGCAUUAGCGCGUGACGCUGAUGCACAGAGAAGACAGUACGAGAGGUGUUUAGACGACGUUGCCAACCAGGUGGUUCGUGCACUGCUAUCGCAAAAGGGUUUGAGAGAGGAAAUUGGAACUCUCCAGAGGCGGAUUAGAGAGUUGGAGGCACAGAACCGCGCAUUGUCUGGCCUUUUGGCUCAAGCCACGAGUGCAGCGAGUCCGGGGAGUCCCACUGAGCUUAUUCAAAGUAUUAUCGAGGCUGGACCGGCGGCUCUUGUGGCUGCGCUCGGGCUCGACGCCUCCUGGGUGCCACUUUCCAGGCCUCGGUCGCUUAAUCUUAAAAUUCCUGUGAUGGCCACUACCAAGUGCCGGCGAAAUCGACCUCUGGGUCAAAAAGCAUCGGAGGAGGAGGGGAGUGAGAGUCCAGAGAGUGGAAAUAGGGACGAAGGGUACUCGACAAUGUCGUCAGACGUGCAGGGUGAGGGUGCACGUCAAGAGCCAGCACGUGGUUUGGAGGACCUCAAAGAAGCAACAGACGAAACUGAAGCCGACGUAUCCCCCGAUGCUCGUCUCGUCGCCCUCGACACCGCUGAUCCCGAUGUCCUGUUUCUACCUUUGAAUCUCACUGUUGGAAUCAAUCCAAGACACAGUUAUCCACCGUCAAAGGAUCUUCUACCCUAUCAGCAUGUGAUGAGGAGUUUCUCUGAUAGCCACUUGUAUCUCAAGUUGGCUGCCGCGACAGCCAAUUUAACUCAUUCUCCUUAUAAUAUUCCCAGCCCUGCUGGCUCCUCCAGUCUGCUAUUGGUGGAGGAGGAGGGAUGGGACGCUGAGUAUGUUCAGCAGUGGUUGAGAUUGGACGACUCCAGAAGUGCCCAACAACAUAGAGACCUCCUGGAGUUGGAGUACGAUCGUGCAGAGCUUGAGGACUGGUCAUUUUCCCUCUCCAGCGAAGACCUCCGCGCUGAGCCCACCUGGAAGGAAGAAACUCGUCCACUGGCUCCAACACUCCCAGCGAUAAAGGAACACAAUCCCAUUGAACUGGAGGAGGACGCCAACGAGUGUCUUUGGAACGGUGCGAGUUAUCUAGCUGACAGAACCGGUGGCGAACUCGUGGCACUACUCAUGGACACGAGAUCGUCUGGCCCCUGGCCCUAUGCAUCAAGUCCUGGGGCAUCUUGGAGCAGUGAGGAUGGCAUUCUCGAGUGCUCGAGCAAACGCUCAUCAGCAGCUCUAUCUGGUUAUAGUGAUGAUCAAGACUCACCCUCAAUUGGUACGGAUUUUACCAGGGAUUUUUAUCGACUAGUCAAAUUUGAAAGCACUAAAAGCCUCGCUAGCACGUCUUCCAAGGGUGGAAAACCACCUGAUCGUGAACAGACACUUCAGAGUGUACUUUCAUUCAUUGCUGAACAACAAAUGUACCUCACUGAAUUGCCAAACAAUUCACAUUGCAAAGAUCAAAAUGAUAUCGAAGUUGCUGAUUAUGAGUACAAAGGGGAUAACGGAGUAUUGAUAGACCACGAGGGGUCGGGAGAUCCGAAACCAUCGGCUGAAGCAACUGAGAGACUUCCAGAGGUGCCUCCGGUGCCUUCUGGACAAUCAGGAGAGCAAUUCGAACGCAUUCAAGGAAUUUCGUCGCUACCUGACGAUAGAAUCGUACCGUGCACUGGGUUAGGCGAGUUGGGGGCUGUUCCUGAAGAGGAUGAGGAGGGGGCAACGUCCUCCACCCCCAGUACAGUCGUAAGUCCGGCAAGAGCUCCCCUGCUCAUCGAAGGUCAGGACAGAUCCAUCAGCUUCCACGAAAGAGCGACAUCAAAAGAUGUGAUCAAUGAACUCAACAGAAUGAUAAGAAAAGGCGAGGAAAAUCAAAAUCAGUCACAGGAACAAAAUGUUUCCAUCGAUAAAUUGGAUCUUGCGUGUUGCUGUCCCACUGGAUGGGUGCAUGUUGAACGUGACAUCGAUUUCACUGAUCCAAAGGCAAGAGCAAAUCUUCUCGAUGUAAUGUUGGCGAGUUCAGAAAGCUCGUCAGCAACAUCGAGCAGUGGAUCAGCUGGGAGUGACUCUGGGGAUGAGCCCUCGGAUUAUCGUCAUCUACAUCGUCUCCAUCGCUAUCGACGACAGAAGAAAGCAUCGGCAGUCCAAGCCCAUCGGGUUCUACGUUUGACAUCGUCAUGGGGCUCAACCAGACCCUCAAUUAUUGGACGAGGUGAUGAUUUUUACGUACGUUAUGGCGACAAGGAGAGAGAGGCCGUUGCCUCCUUUGAUUUUCUCGAUGAUAUCACAGCUAAUUCAUCGUCAUCUGGUGAGCUUGAUGACUUACUUCCCACUACGGAAUUUAUGAAGGUCUCACCAUUGUGAAAUUGAGCUUAGAGAGAUGGAAAUAUACAAAGUUUAGGGGAUAAGAAUUGUGUUUUUCAAUUGUCGAGGGGUUUGAGGAAUUCAAACUUGCUGAGGAGAAAGGAGGGAGAUUGAACGUUGAUACAUUGAGAGAAAAAAACAUUCUAAUGAGUUCAUGUUUUAAGAAAUUAGUAAGGAUGGGGGAGACUGGGGCAAAUAAAACAGGCAUUCAAACAAAAAAAAAUUUUUUUAUCAACUUUUGUUAAUUAACUUUUUUCAUUAUUGGGAGUACUGAUGAGAAUAAUAAUUUUUUAUUCGUCUUACUAGAGGGCUACAUCCCCUGCUUGCUCCGCUCGCCAAUUCCCAUAUGACCCCCAGUCUAAUCCCCAUAUGACCCUUAUUUGGGCCCUUAUUCUGACCCUUUAAACCCUUUAUUUCUCACCCUUGGUUUUUGAUCCUUAAUUUUGGAAUCUCAAUUUCGAGUACUAAAUUUUCAUCACCAGGAAUCGAUCUGGGUUUUGAUAAUAUAAAGAGGACCCUUAUUCAGACCCUCAUGACCCUUAAUCGGGCCCUUGUAACCCUUAAUUUUAGAGUCUUAAUUUCAAGUACC